AUGUCAUCUAUAAAAGUCUGCCCACUUUUAUUUUAUAUGAUAAUAGCUAUCAUUAAUGCUAUUCCAAUUGAUAAUGGUGUCGAGGGUGAACCAGAAAUUGAAUGUGGUUCAACAUCUAUUACUGCAAAUUUCAACACACGUAAUAAUUUUGAAGGACAUGUGUAUGCUAAAGGAUUUUAUGAUAAACAGGAAUGUCGUAGUGAUGAAGGUGGACGUCUAGUAGCCGGUAUAACAUUACAAUUUGAUUCAUGCAAUGUAGCUCGAACACGAUCUUUAAAUCCACGUGGAAUAUUUGUUACUGCUGCUGUUGUAAUCACAUUCCAUCCACAAUUUCUAACAAAAAUUGAUCGAUUAUACAGAUUACAAUGCUUUUAUAUGGAAGCCGAGAAAACAGUCAGUACACAAAUUGAAGUUCAAGAAAUUACAACCGCUUUUUUCACUCAGGUGGUGCCAAUGCCUGUUUGUCGAUAUGAGAUUCUAGACGGUGGUCCAACUGGGCAACCUGUCCAAUAUGCUAUUGUUGGACAACCAGUAUAUCAUAGAUGGACAUGCGAUUCGGAAACCGUAGAUACAUUCUGCAUGUUGGUACAUUCAUGCGUCGUUGAUGAUGGUAAUGGUGAUAGCAUUGAAUUGCUGAACGAAAAUGGAUGCGCCUUAGAUAAAUAUCUCCUAAAUAAUUUGGAAUAUCCAACUGGUAUAAUUUUAAUCUAA